GAUCGCUUCAUACCCAAUCGAGAUGACUCCGACAUACAAGCCGCUUUCGAAUUGAUGUCUAAUGAACCAGUCACACCCAAGAAGCAUAAACGAAAGAUCUCUGCGGCUGACAUGGAUGCACAGAAAGAAGAGGCUAAUGAGACAUUCACCACACUUUUGUCAUCGGAAUUGUUUGGGUCAGAUUCCAAUGCGUUUGCAGCGGCGAUCAAUGUUCGAAAGGCGAUCGAUGGUAGCAGCCACAGCAAUACACCAUCGCCAUUUGCAACAGCCAGUAGAUCAAGCUCUGGCAGACAAAGUUUGCGGAACGGUGGAUCGCAGCCCACAACACCGACAAAGCGAAAUAUAUUCCAUUACGGCAGCAAAAGUCCCACAUCUAGCAUUUCACGAGCUAGAGAUACACCGGGACGAUCUGGAAAGCGAUCAGAAUCGAGAUCGCCCAGUAGGCGUAAUUCGAUCACAUCGAAUCCAUCCGGUGCUCUGUUUGGAGGACCAUCUCCGAAUAGAAGGCUUGACACGUUGGACUCGCCUUCUCACGAUUUGUACAGCUCAAGUCCGGUCUCGAUCGAAAGUCAACGGGUGCUGCAAAGUCCACGCAAGACGUAUCGAUCUGUCAGUAAGGUGCCAUACAAAGUCCUUGAUGCUCCAGAUCUCGCCGAUGAUUUCUACCUCAAUUUGGUAGAUUGGUCUUCCAAAAAUGUUUUGGGAGUUGGGCUGUCGAAUUGCGUAUACCUUUGGUCAGCAAAGACUUCCAAUGUCACAAAAUUGUGCGAAGUAGAUCGUGAAAGGGACAGGAUCACAUCUGUGAAUUGGUGCGGCAGAGGAGAUUAUUUGGCUGUUGGACUUAAUUCAGGAUCUGUACAAAUUUGGGAUCCAGAACGUGUACAGCUGUUGCGAACGUUCACAGGACAUUCAGCUAGGGUGGGCAGCUUGGCCUGGAAUGAGAGCAUUUUGAGUACAGGAUCACGAGAUCGAACGAUCUUUCAUCGUGAUGUAAGAGUACGCAACCAGUCUAUUCGUGAACUCAAAGGGCAUGCACAAGAGAUUUGUGGUCUCAAAUGGAAUACGGCCACUAAUCAGCUUGCCAGCGGAGGAAACGAUAACAAGUUGUUUGUCUGGGAUGGACUGAAUACUGUACCUCUCUAUCGUUUCGGCCAUCAUCGAGCUGCUGUGAAGGCGAUCGCUUGGAGUCCUCAUGAGAGCGGAUUGUUGGCUUCAGGAGGUGGUACGGCAGAUAUGCAUAUUCGAUUUUUCAAAACGACUACAGGUACGCUUCUUUCAGAAGUUGACACAGGAUCUCAAGUCUGUAACCUUGCAUGGUCAAAGGUGAACAAUGAAAUCGUCAGCACGCACGGUUUCAGCGGUAGCAAGGUUAGCAAUCAAGUUCAAGUUUGGCGAUAUCCCGAUAUGGGACAAGUUGCAACAUUGAUGGGUCAUACCAUGCGUGUGUUGUACCUUGCAAUGAGUCCCGAUGGAGAAAGUGUGGUAAGCGGAGCAGGAGACGAAACAUUGAGGUUUUGGGAUCUCAACUCUUCU